UCUCCUCUCUCAUUUUCAUUCUCAUCCAUUUCUCUUUCUCUCUCUAUUUUAACCGAUUAGAACGACACUCAGACACAUACAUUACAUUACAUACACCACUCUUCUUUCUUUCUCUCUCUACUGUAUUUCUUCUUCAUUCUUUGUUUUCCCCCCAAAUUUCUAGGGUUUUUUUUUUUUACGAUUGUUUUAACUUCGAUCCAUUUUCUCUCUCCUUCAAGAUCUUGUUGCUGUGAUUUUAUUCUCUCUUUCUGUCUGUCUUGGCUCGAGAUCCGGGCCAAGUACAGAAAAAAUUAACCGAUUGAUUUAUUCUUGAAGGUUGGAUUUCGAUUAGAGUUUUUGUGUUUUUGAUCGAUUUAUCGGAGUUUUUGAAGCUCGCUGUUGCUGUUUUAUGCUGGUUUGAUUGAUUUAUCCAGGGUUGAGUUGAGGGCAAGGAAAUGGCGUCGAAGGAGCCCAAGGAGGGAUUGUUGACAGAACAGCAGAGGGAGAUGAUGAAGAUAGCGUCCAUGAAUAUAGAGAAUUCUGUACCGGCUUCUUCAAAGUUGUUAUCAUCGUCACCUAAGGGCUUGUCCUCUUCGCCGAAAUCUACUUCUUUUCUUGGUGGAGGAGGAGGUGGUGGUGGUGGGAAAGCGCCUUCUGUAAAACAUGUCCGUCGCUCACAUUCAGGGAAGGUUAUCAGAGUCAAGAAGGAGGGUGCUGGCGGCAAGGGAACCUGGGGAAGGCUACUUGACACUGAUUGUGAAGCGCAUAUUGAUCGUAAUGAUCCUAACUACGAUAGUGGGGAGGAGCCAUACAAGCUUAUUGAAACAACUGUCACUGACCCCUUGGAUGAUUACAAGAAAGCUGUAGUUUCAAUCAUAGAGGAAUACUUUAACACUGGUGCUGUGGAGGUGGCUGCAUCUGAUCUUAGGGAACUGGGAUCAAGCAAAUACCAUGCUUAUUUUAUUAAGAGGCUUGUGUCAAUGGCUAUGGACAGGCAUGAUAAGGAGAAAGAGAUGGCUUCUGUUUUGCUUUCAGCUCUUUAUGCAGAUGUCAUCAGUCCAACCCAGAUUAGUCAGGGUUUCAUUCUGUUGCUUGAAUCUGCAGAUGACCUGUCGGUUGAUAUUCCUGAUGCAGUUAAUGUACUUGCCUUAUUUGUUGCCCGUGCUGUUGUUGAUGACAUCCUUCCACCGGCAUUUGUCACAAGAGUGCAGAAAAAUCUUCCGCAGGCAUCCAAGGGGCUUCUGGUCGUUCAGAUUGCUGAGAAGAGUUAUCUCUCUGCCCCACAUCAUGCUGAACUAGUGGAGCGCAAAUGGGGAGGAAGUACUCACCUGACAGUUGAAGAAGUAAAGAAGAAAAUUUCUGAGCUGUUGAAGGAAUAUGUCGAGAAUGGAGAUGCAUUGGAAGCCUGUAGGUGCAUUAGAGAAUUGGGAGUUUCAUUUUUUCACCAUGAGGUUGUGAAGAAAGCUUUGGUUCUUGCCAUGGAAUCCCGAACAGCUGAAUCUCUCAUUAUGAAGUUGUUGAAGGAAGCAUCUGAAGAAGGUGUGAUAAGCACCAGUCAGAUGAUCAAGGGAUUCUAUCGGGUUGAAGAAAGCCUUGAUGACCUUUCGCUGGACAUCCCAUCUGCUAGAUCGAUGUUCCAGUCCUUGGUACCUAGGGCAAUUUCUGAAGGAUGGCUCGAUGUUUCAUUUUCAAAAUCUACUGCAGAAGACAGAGAAUUUCCCAAACACGAUGAUGAGAAGGUGAAACGGUACAAGGAGGAGAUUGUGGCAAUAAUUCAUGAAUACUUCCUCUCUGAUGACAUCCCUGAACUCAUUCAUAGUCUUGAAGAUCUUGGGGCCCCGGAGUUGAAUCCAGUUUUCUUGAAGAAGCUCAUCACCCUUGCCAUGGACCGUAAAAAUAGGGAAAAAGAGAUGGCAUCUGUUCUUCUGUCUGCACUGCACAUAGAGAUUUUCUCCACAGAUGACAUUGUUAGUGGCUUUGUAAUGCUCCUGGAAUCAGCUGAAGACACAGCACUUGACAUAUUGGAUGCCUCAAAUGAGCUUGCUCUUUUCCUGGCUAGGGCAGUGAUAGAUGAUGUACUGGCCCCAUUGAACCUCGAUGAGAUUGCAAGCAAGCUGCCACCUAACUGUAGUGGAAGCGAAACUGUACAUAUGGCUAGAUCGCUUGUGUUCUCCCGUCAUGCAGGUGAGAGGCUUCUCCGCUGUUGGGGAGGUGGCUCCGGGUGGGCCGUAGAGGACGCAAAGGACAAGAUAAUGAAACUUCUUGAGGAGUAUGAGAGUGGAGGUGUUGUUGGGGAAGCAUGCCAGUGUAUUAGGGAUAUUGGGAUGCCUUUCUUCAACCACGAGGUUGUGAAGAAAGCACUAGUUAUGGCGAUGGAAAAGAAAAAUGAUCGGAUGCUUGAUCUUCUUCAGGUUUGCUUCACUGAAGGGCUCAUCACGAUCAAUCAGAUGACUAAAGGGUUUGCUCGUGUCAAUGACGGCCUCGAUGACUUGGCGCUUGACAUUCCAAAUGCCCAGGAUAAAUUUGAAGCUUAUGCAGAGCAUGCUAAGAAACGAGGCUGGAUCCUGCCAGGUUUCGACUCUUUUGCAGAAGAUGGCUUGUUGGCUGCUGUUUCUUAGAGGGAGUAGAUGUUAUUUUAUAUUUGCUUCUUUCUUCCAUGGUAACUGUGUUUUGCUCGUUAACCUCGCAGUGCCCCGCUGUUAGUUGGCUCCUAUGACGUUCUUUUUUCGUUUUACUUGGAUUCGCCAUCUGAUAUGAUAGAGUUCAUUUUGAGGGUUAGAUGUAUAAAGUUCCUCUCUCUAUUAAGAUUGACUUUGGCUUAGACUUUUGAAUCACUCUGCUUCAGUUUGGAAGAGGUAUAUAUGUUCAAUAUAUGCUUCUGUUAUUUGUAUUUUGGCUGAAACGUUUUUGGUAAUGUAUGGUGACCCCGUUGAGCAGACUGUA